GCUCGGAAGAAUGUUCGGAAUUUCUUGCAUUUUUCAUCCUCAGCUAUUUCGUCAGUUGCUUCAAUCUUGAACCUGGAGAGUGCAGAGAGGCGCGCUUUAGCUUCUUAUGACGACAUCAAAAGUAAGGGGCCCGAGUUUGGCAAACAAAAAUUAGACGUUUCAGUCCAACAUGCCUCAAAAGAGUCCCGUGAAGCUUGGAUAUUUUAAAGACAAAAAUGGGACGAAAGAGAUAUUGACAAGCGUUUUCGUUCUAGUGGUUCAUUACGCCUUUAAAAAUCUAAAAAAUGAUAAAAGGGAAGGCAACGAGGAGGAUGUGGAUCGAUUACGACAAACCUUCGAAGAGAAGAGAAACUGCUCUUUUCGAGAGUGGGCCUCUCCACGAAAACAGGACCUUUUCGAUCUAAUAUCGUCAGAGAAAAAGCUACUGAGGCUUUUCGAUGCUUCCUCGCCUCCUCAACUCUUUAUUAUGUACAUUUUGUCCCACGGAAGCGAAGGAGGGAUCAUCUUCACAGAACAUCCAAAUUCUACUUUCAAAAGGGAAGAAAUUUAUGCCAGACUGUUGCAGCUCAAGAACUUUGGUGGUUGUUUCAAAUUCAUCAAUUUUGGCCCUUGCCGAUCAGCGGAAGUAGAGGAUGGUUCACUAAAUUACAGUAACAAUUCCCUCGAGGAUGUAAAAAAGGCAACACAAGUUUCAUUCGUCCCAAAUUAUGAUCAAAAUCUGGCUAUUUUUUCGUCGACUGUGGAAACACAAUAUGCUAACAGAGAGGAUAAAGGCAAAAGAAAAGGAAGCUGGUUUGUGCAAAGUACUUGCGAUGUGUUUGAUGAAUUAGAGAGGGAAACGUGUUUCGCUGACAUUCUUACAAUUGUGCACCACCAGAUUCAUGAAAAUUCAAACACUACUUUCUCACAUAAUUUUCAAACGCCGGAAUUCCACCUCUAUCCUCAUCGUCAACUCGUAAUUCAGCCAUGUCCUUCAAGCACGAAAAAAGAUGCCCAUCCUGGAUACAGAGUAACACCCCAAAGGCAUUUGAAGUAUUUUUUUUCUUGGGAGAGAAAAUCUGCAAGCCUGCCAAUGCGCAGGGCUAUGAUAUUUUUCACGCAUGAAAGCAAACAAGUGCAAAACCUUUACUCGGCACUAACAUACUACCUACAGUUUGAGACGUCCCUGCGAAACAUUGCCAAAGAAAAUCCCGACUUUCUCUCAAAAGUUAAACUCAAAAAGGAUAUCCCUGGCUGUUUGAUGAUAGUAUUUUUCGCGAGAAUCGCAGUAGAUGAUGAAGGAAAAAUCAACGUCAUCAUGGCUAAGGGGAAGACACUUACCAUAGGAGAGAUAGUUUGUAAAUUUGUCAAAGAAGAAACUAUGACAGGCAAACCAAAAAUAUUUCUCUUUUUGAAUCAGCCGACACAUUCAAACACAAAAAUUGACUGCAUGCACACAAAGGCAAGCAACGCGUAUCAUCUGAGCAGUUGGCUGACUUUGGUCUCAUGUGAUGAAGGUACUUCAGACAAACUCAUUGAGACAAUGAAGAGUUACGAGCUGAGAAGUGGAAGAAGUCUGCAGGAGAUGUUCUCUAGGGUGCUGAUGGCCGCUAACGGCAAGGCUCUGAUGGCGUCAACGAUGCAAUUCUCUCUAGAUUUUCCUGAAUUGCCGCGCCACUUCGUCGUGCCGACUUUUCAACUGGAUAACGAAAACAAGAACUAUGAUGAAUUGCUGAUAAAUAUUUUAGGCAGCCGUGGAACUUGGCUCCUUACCGCUGCAGUCGGCAUGGGAAAGUCGACCUUUAUGCUCCAACUCGCCCACUGUCUUAGAGAAUCGUUGUAUGAUAAGAGGCAGGUGAUAUUGGUGCAGCUGAGUCGCUUCCACCACUUCUUCGCUUCGAAAGGGCAAAGCUGCGGCCUGGUAUCGCUUCUUGCAACAGUCACCAGUGCGGCCAACGAUGCUGUUAAACUACUCUUGCAAAAACGAAACAAGCCAAUGAUUCUCUUGGAUGGAUUCGAAGAAGUCUGCCCAAAACAUCGCGAUCGGAUUUCGAAUAUUUUGAAGGAAAUCGCCGAGUGCGGAUGUCCGGUAGUCGUAACGACAGCACCCGAAGAGAAGAGAACUGUAGAAAAAGCUUUGGAGAGGCGCAAAAUUACUCAAAUUGGAAUCAAUAAGUUGACGGGGAAGCAGCAAAUUGAUGUAAUGAGGAUAUAUCAACCGUCAAAAACCCAAAUGGACUACCAGAAUAUGCUUAGAAAAUUCUCUAAGAUUCCUGGGGUUACAGAAAAUCCUUUCUAUUUAAGCAUGAUUUGCCAAUGCGAAAAAGCGCAAAGCGUUUAUCAGAUUUUCAAUAAAACUAUCGCAAUGAGUUUGGGCAAUAGAGUGCACCAGCACCAAGAAAAAGAGCAAAAAGAGGAAUUGAUUAGAUUGCUACAAAACGUUGCUGCGAAAUGGAUGAACGAAGGUAGCAUUUCAAUGCCCGAAGACAUUAAAACCAUCAAUUCCUCAGCAAUUGUCAGCAGCAGUGGCGAAAACGUCACAUUUGCUCACAAAAGCUAUGCCGAGUUCUUAAUAGGCAGGCACUUCAUUCAAGAAUUGAAAGAAAAAGUAGGGUUCAAACAAGAACGAGAUGUAAGUCAAUGCCUAAAAACUCUUGAAAUGUUCGUAUCGGCCAACGAGCCCUACAAGAAAUCUGUGAUUGACACAUUCAAAACCAAUUAUGCAACACAAGAGAUUUUCAUACAAGUUGUAUCUGCAGGCCUGGAAAAUUUAUUUUACCUUUUGAAAGAUCAGAUCGAGCUUGAUGAAAUGGACUCAAAAAUGAUGGACACCGCUUUGCGCUGCGCUUUGCUAAGAGGAUCGGCCAAAAUAGCCAGCUAUUUGAUUGACUUUGAUUUCAACAUUGCAAGCGAUGCUAACGGAGAGGAUGCGAUUUCUUGCGCAAUAAUUGGGAUAAGCAGUUUUCCUAAAUGGCUGAAAAUCGUGCAAAAACUGGAUGAAAAAAAUCGCUCACUUAUCGAUGACUUCACUGAGGAAAAAAUCUGCCUCGCGGCGGAAUUCGCCAAAGCCGAAACGUUCCGCUGGCUUGUGGCGAGAACUAAAAUUAACAUAACUAAAAUUCGCAAACGCAUUAUAAAAAACGCGUACAAGAACCAGCAGCACGGCCUGAAGAUAAUUGAGUAUGUCAAUUCGGCCAUUCUGACGAAACAAGAAAAAAUGGAUUCAUUCGUCAUCAACAAGUUACUGGCGGCAGCAUCAGUCGCCGAUGUACAGACUUGUGACCGCCUGCUGAAUGAGGGCCAAGACGUCAGCGCUAAGUGCCAAGAGUUUGGUGCUACGGCGCUGCACCACGCCACCGUCAACAAGGAGCACGGCGUUGGCCUAAUCUCUUUCUUCGUCCAGCGUGGACUGAGAACGGACGCGACAGAUAGAGACGGCGAAACACCGAUUCACUACGCAGUCUGGGCAGGAAAUUUUCAGCACGCUAAAGAAUUGAUUCAAUUUUCGGAUCACGGAUAUAACUUGCUGCAGUUUUUUGUCGUGGAGAAUAAUCUAGAGCUCGCCAAGCGUGUGCACCAAGAUGAUAGAAACCUUAUCAAUGAGGUCGGAGAAUUCAGCAUUUUUCACCUGGCAGCCUCUCACGCUGAUGUUGCUAUGUGCAAAUGGCUAGUAAAAGAAGGCGCCGACGCAACUUCCGAGUGCAGAAAUUUAAAAUACACUGCUCUUCAUUACGCGUCAAAGAACAAGUCAUUCGGGAAAGAUAUCGUGCACUUUCUUGUUGAUAGCCUUGGUCUUGAUGUUAACAAAAGGAGUGUGAAUGACGAAACGCCUCUUCACUGCGCCUUGAGCGAGAUAAACAUUGAGGUGGCGGAGGAACUAUUGGACCUCAACGCAGAGUCAUUGCGAGUAAAAAUAGGGGAAAACACUCUCAUCCACUACUGCAUGAGAUGGAACAAACUGACAAGCGCCCAAUUCAUACACGCAAGGGACGUAGGAAUGGUUAAAGAGCUUGGAAAGAACAGGAAAAGCAGCCUGCACGUCGCAGCUCAGUACGCAGACCUGGAAACCAACUCAUGGCUGGUUGACCUAGGCGUUGAUCCGCUUAUCGAGUGUGGAACGAAAAAUAAAGGGACUGCCCUUCACUACGUGGGAUUUAAUAGGAUACAUGGGGUGCAACUCGUUGAGUUCUACGUCUCCAAGGGGCUAAAAGUUGACGGUAACACCCGAAUAAAUCCCUUGCACUUUGCUUUGUCUAAAGGUAACGUCAAUGUAGCGGAAAAGUUGCUGCAGCUCGGCGCCAACCUUCGUGUAAAAUUAAAGGAUUUCAACUUAUUACACUACUCUGUGAUCAAGAAUAGACUCGAAAGCGCCCAAUUUGUGCACUCUAAGAAUUCUGAAAUGAUCAAAGAAGAUGGAAGACAAGGGAUGAAUGCCUUGCAUUUGGCAGCCCAGCACGCGGACCUGCGGAUGUGUAAGUGGCUGGUCGAGCAGUGCAACAAUAUGCUCGUGGCAUUCGAUUGCUUUUCUGUCCGGGAAUCUGCCCAGCUGAACAAAUCGCACAGUGAGGAAAUCAUGCAGUACUUCACAGAUUUAAUUGUACUGAAAUACUAAAAAUUAUUUUAACUCAUCAAAACACCUUGUGGAAUGAGGAUGUAUAUUAAAUUUAUUUUGUUUUGUUUAAACUU